AUGGCCGGCGGUGACGGCGCGGUGAAUGGAGAAGGAGGGGGGAAUGGCGGCGGCGAUGGCGGAGGCGGCAGUGGUGACGACGACGACGGGGGCAACGGUGGGGAGAAGGGCGGUGGGGACGGCGGCGGCGGCGCCGGCGCCGGUGGUGGUGGCGACGGCGACGGCGGCGGCGACGGCGAAGACGACGGCGGCAUUGAGGGCGGCGGAAAGGGAGGCGGGCUCGGUGGGGAGAAGGGUGGCGGCGAGGGUGGCGGCGGCGACGGUGGUGGUGGUGGCGCCGGUGAAGGCGGCGGCGCCGGCGACGGCGGCGGCGCCGGUGAAGACGACGGCGGCAUUGAGGGCGGCGGAAAGGGAGGCGGGCUCGGUGGGGAGAAGGGUGGCGGUGAGGGUGGCGGCGGCGACGGUGGUGGUGGUGGCGCCGGUGAAGGCGGCGGCGCCGGCGACGGCGGCGGUGGCGGCGGCUGCGGCGGCGGCAUUGAGGGCGGCGGAAAGGGAGGCGGGCUCGGUGGGGAGAAGGGUGGCGGCGAGGGUGGCGGCGGCGACGGUGGUGGUGGUGGCGCCGGUGAAGGCGGCGGCGCCGGCGACGGCGGCGGCGGCGGCGGCUGCGGCGGCGGCAUUGAGGGCGGCGGAAAGGGAGGCGGGCUCGGUGGGGAGAAGGGUGGCGGCGAGGGUGGCGGCGGCGACGGUGGUGGUGGUGGCGCCGGUGAAGGCGGCGGCGCCGGCGACGGCGGCGGCGGCGGCGGCUGCGGCGGCGGCAUUGAGGGCGGCGGAAAGGGAGGCGGGCUCGGUGGGGAGAAGGGUGGCGGCGAGGGUGGCGGCGGCGACGGUGGUGGUGGUGGCGCCGGUGAAGGCGGCGGCGCCGGCGACGGCGGCGGCGGCGGCGGCUGCGGCGGCGGCAUUGAGGGCGGCGGAAAGGGAGGCGGGCUCG